UUCAUGUACAAAUAAAAAUGGAUUUCCAGAUAAGAGCACACAAACGAAACACAGUGAAGCAAGCUUUAGUAAAUCACAAAAUAGGGAAACAACUAAAUUCAUCCGUAUAUACAACGUAUGCCCACGGAUAAAGCCAGAUAUAAUGGGUCGUUCGCGUGGGAAUUUUCACGCUGAGGAAGAUCCUAGUCAAAGAUCAAGGAGAAAGAAGAAUGCUCCAAGUGGAGAAAAUUUAGAAUCUGUUACUGCAGGUCAAGGAAGCAGUGAUGGAAAAAGAGCAUUAUAUCAUUGUAACUAUUGCAACAAAGACAUUACUGGAAGAAUUCGUAUCAAAUGUGCUGUAUGUUCUGAUUUUGACCUGUGCAUAGAGUGUUUCUCAGUAGGUGCUGAGGUUCAUCCACAUAAAAGUGGCCACCCCUAUCGUGUUAUGGAUAUCCUGUCGUUUCCUCUCAUCUGUCCAGAGUGGAAGGCUGAUGAGGAAAUGUUACUUCUGGAGGGAAUCGAAAUGUAUGGCAUGGGAAACUGGGCAGAAGUUGCUGAGCAUGUCGGGACCAAGACAAAAGAAGCAUGCAUUGAACAUUACAGGAGUGCUUAUCUUAACUCUCCUUGCUUCCCUCUACCUGAUAUGACCCAUGUUAUGGGUAAAAAUAGAAAGGAACUCCUCGCGAUGGCUAAAGGGCAUAUUGAGGAUAAAAAAGGGGAACUUCAGCUAAAGGAGGAAUCACCAUUUUCUCCCUCAAGAGUCAAGAUUGAAGAUCAAUACAAAAGUGGUCCUCCAGGUCGUUUGCCUUCCAACUCCAUUCCAGGAGCAAAAGUUAAUAAAAAGCUGUCCAAUACUGUCCCUGCCAAGGAUCAUGGUGAUGUUCUAAAGAUGGAGGGCCGCAGUUUUGGUGUAAACAAACCUAAAUCUGCAAAGGUUGAAGGCCCAUCUUUGCUGGAUUCAAGUGGUUACAAUCCCAAAAGACAAGAAUUCGACCCUGAAUAUGAUAAUGAAGCUGAGCAGCUGUUGGCUGAUAUGGAAUUCAAGGAAACUGAUACAGACGAGGAGCAUCAAUUGAAACUGAGAGUACUUCGUAUAUAUUCAAAAAGGCUUGAUGAGAGAAAACGUAGAAAGGAUUUUAUUCUGGAAAGGAACUUGCUACAUCCCAGUCCAUUUGAUGAUUUUUCUCAUGAAGAGAAGGAAUUGUGCCGACGUUAUGAUGUUUUCAUGCGUUUCCAUUCGAAGGAUGAGCAUGAAGAACUACUAAAAACUGUCGUCUCAGAACAUAGAAUUCUAAAACGAAUUCGAGAACUUAAGGAAGCACGAGCUGCUGGGUGCCGUUCAUCAGCUGAGGCCGAUAGAUAUCUUGAGCAGAAGAGGCGGGAAGGUGAUGAUGUUAUUAACCGAAAGGAAAAUUCUCAGGCAGGCCCAAGCAGCCAGGAAAGUCUGAGUGUUUCUGAUUCAUUUGGUACCUACUCAACCACGACAUCAGCAGGCCAAGCCAACUCUUGGACAGAUUCAGAUUUCGUGCCAAUUUCCGGAGCCAAUCUACUCUCUGAAUCUGAGAAACAACUUUGCCGCGACAUCCGGCUAUCCCCACAACAUUACCUGAAGAUUCAGGAGGACUUGACGACCCAAAUUUUGUGUGGCAAUAUCACUAAGAAAUCUGACGCACAUUCCUUCUUCCAAGUUGAACAAAUGAAAAUCGACAGGGUCUACGAUAUCCUUCUCAGAAAGGGUAUUGCUCAUCUAUGAUUCGCAAUAUCAUCAAUCAAGGGGGAGAAGAUAGCUGCAGUGGCAUUAUGUUGUAUAUUUUGAUGACUCAUUCUUAACAUGAUGAGGCUAAUAUGCCAUGUAAUUGAAUCCAUUCACCAUUAUUGGCUGUUGUAUUGUAUCUUGAACCUCUCCUGCCUUCUAACUAGUGAAAAUAUCUGUGAUUACCUUCUACUAA